AUGCCACAUUGGACUGCUUUAGUCGCAGGAAAGAAGCAGAGGCAGCUAAAGUCCAUUCCUCAGCAUUGGCUUGUGACCCCUCCUCCAGUCUCUACUCUGGAUGUGACUAGUUUUCCAGAGACGUGUGGGCUUUUGAACGCGAGAGAAAUUGAGAUCACCAAUACUUCUGUGGAUGUUUUGUUAGAGAGACUUGCAAGUGCGGAAUGGACAGCUGUAGAGGUGACCACCGCGUUCUCCAAGAGGGCUAUUGUGGGUCAUCAGCUUGUCAAUUGCUUAACGGAAAUUUUUGUCGAUCGUGCGUUGGCUCGAGCCGCUGAACUCGACGAUUACUUGAAGAAGACAGGGAAGGUCGUUGGUCCCCUUCACGGGCUGCCAAUCUCCCUGAAGGACCAGCUGAGCAUCAAGGGACUAGAGACUACGAUUGGUUAUGUCUCGUGGAUUGGGCAGUAUGCGGAUAAAAACGCAGUGCUGGUCGACGUUCUGAUCGAGUGCGGAGCCGUGCCAUUCGUCCGCACUAAUGUUCCGCAGACGGUCAUGUGGCCAGAAACCUUCAAUAAUAUCUUUGGCCGGACGACUAACCCAUACAACCGCUCUCUGACCCCGGGUGGGUCAUCCGGAGGAGAGAGUGCAUUGGUUUCUAUCAGAGGAAGCCCUUUGGGAGUCGGUUCUGAUAUCGGAGGCUCUAUUCGUGUUCCUGCUGCAUUUUGCGGCUUAUACAGCCUGAGACCGUCAUACGGGCGAGUACCGUACUGUGGUGCCCGCAACUCACUCGAAGGCCAAGACUCGAUUCUCUCCGUGUUCGGUCCAAUAACGACCAGCGUUGGCGGGGUCAAGGUCUUCAUGAAAGCUGUCAUUGACACUAAACCGUGGCUCAGAGACCCUCUUGUCGUUCGGAAGAAAUGGGACGGAGACGAGUACAAUCUCUCGGACCAUGGAUCUGGCAAAGAUUUGUGCUUUGCGAUCAUGUGGGACGAUGGCCUUGUUGUUCCCCACCCACCUAUCAGGAGGUCUCUGGAAAUCACAAAAGCGGCACUCCAGAAGGCGGGCCACAAAGUUGUUGAUUGGAAACCCAUCAAGCACAGAUUACUCCUACAAAUCGCGACGGAUAUCUUUACCGCCGCUUCCGUAGAGGACGUCAUGAUCACGACCUCUGUCACAGGGGAGCCAAUAAUUGCAACAAUGGAGCUGGACGAUGCAGGCUUCCGUCCGCAAAACAGCGGUAUCACCGCAUACCAACUCUGGCAAGUGCAGAAGCUGCGUCAAAAUAUCCGAAAAGAAUACCUAGAUCACUGGGAAGCAACUGCGUCAGAGACUGGGACAGGACGGCCUGUCGAUGCUAUCAUCUGUCCGGUCGCAGCGUCUGCGGCACCUCCCAUGGGAAAAAUAGGUCACUACACUAAUUACACCACCGUUUGGAAUGCGCUCGACUAUCCCGCCACGACUUUUCCUGUGACCACUGUCAACCCCACUCUCGAUGGGAAGGAGCCUCCACAUGAUUUCUAUGACGACUUCGAUAAGGACAUCUACGAAAUGUACGACCCGGAGAAAUUCAGGAACGCUCCCGUUUGUUUGCAACUUGUCGGUCGGACUCUGGAGGAAGAGGCGGUGAUAAAAAUGACAGAAAUCGUCGAUGCAGCGCUGGCAGCCUGCCAAAUAAAUUCAAGGUAUUCCUGUCGAUGCAGGAAGCAGUCAUAUAAAUCAACAACUUGGCCCUGGCAGUACAAAGAAUUCGAAAUCCAUAACUUCACUUCAUAG